CCCUUCAUCCUUCUGUAUAAUCUGCUGUAUUUUUCAGACUAAGAAGCAAGCAGGAGAAACCUCUGACAUACUAUUGUAAAGAUGGAGUUUGAGGAAGAACCCUGCAGAAUAAAAUAUGAAGAUACAGAGGAACAAAUAGACCUGAUGGAAGUGAAUGAAGGCAUACACCAUUAUUUCACAAAUGAAGAUGUAAAACUGACAUAUAAAAAUGAAGACAAACUACAUCUGUUUCAAAAACCUCAUCAUUUCAAAAAUGAAGACGAAAAUACAGCUGUUUUAAAGAACGAAGAGGAUUUCACACAAAAUCAAGCUGGACAAUCUGGAGUCAAAGCAUCUUUCACCUGCUCUGAGUGUGGAAAGAGUUACAGACAUAAAGGACACCUAAAGGAUCAUGUGAGAAUUCACAAUGGAGGAAAACCGUUCAUAUGCACUCAGUGUGGAAAGAGUUUCAUACAUAAAGGACACUUAAAGGAUCAUAUGAGAAUUCACAAUGGAGAAAAACCGUUCACAUGCACUCAGUGUGGAAAGAGUUUCACAUCCAAAAGUUCUCUCAACACUCAUCUGCGCCGUCACUCUGGAGUGAGAUCAUUCAGCUGUGAUCAGUGUGACAAAACAUUUGUUGUAGCAUCAAAUUUAAGAGAACACCUUAAAGUUCAUACUGGUGUGAAGCCUCACUUUUGUUCUUCAUGUGGAAAGAGAUUUACACAUCUGCACUCUUUAAAAGAGCAUGAGCGUUUGCAUACUGGUGUGAGCCCUCAUAUGUGCUUUGACUGUGGGAAGAGUUUUACUACAUCAGGCAACUUAAAAACACACCAGAUAAUUCAUACUGGAGAGAAACCGUACAAGUGCUCACACUGUGGAAAGAGUUUUUCUUACUCAACAUCCUUGAAAAGACACAAGAGAGUUCAUACUGGAGAGAAGCCGCACCAGUGCUCUUCAUGUGGGAAGAGUUUCACCCAAUUAUCUAAUCUACGGACUCAUGAGAAAAAGUGUUGCCCGAAGUUGCCUAACAUAAGCAAAGUUCAUGCUCAGAUCCAUCACUUUCAAAUUAAUAGUUUGAUAUUCUUAUAAAUCAAAAGAUGGGAUUUCUUGUGA